GCAGGUGGACACCAACACAAAAAACGUCUUUGGGCAGCCACGGUUGAGAGCAUCCCUCCGAGACCUGCGGUCCCCACGGAAGAACUACAAGUCCACCAUCGAGGACGACCUGAAGAAACUCAUCAUCAUGGACAACCUGGGGCCAGAGCAGGAGAGAGACACAGGAUCACCACAGAAGAGCCUGCAGCGGACACUAUCAGAUGAGAGCCUGUGCAGCGGGCGUCGGGAGCCCAGCUUUGCCAGCCCCACUGGUCUGGAGCCGGGCCUGCCCAGUGAUGUGCUCUUCAGCAGCACCUGCACCUUCCCCUCCAGCACGCUGCCCGCCCGCCGCCAGCACCAGCACCCCCACCCACCUGGCGGCGGCCCCAGCACUGGCCCUGCCACCAGCAACAGCUUCCCAGAGAAGAAAUCCACCAUCUCUGCCUCGGAGCUCUCGCUGGCUGAUGGGCGGGACCGGCCGCUGCGGCGCCUCGAUCCCGGGAUGAUGCCGCUGCCCGACACGGCGGCUGGCCUCGAGUGGUCCAGCCUGGUAAAUGCAGCCAAGGCAUACGAAGGUGGCUGGUGUGAGAGCUCCCAGGAGUUCUCCCUAGGGGCUGACCUUGUCCCCUAUCUUUCCAGCGAGGAGCCACCCCUGGAUCUGACAGGCAAAGUGUACCAGCUAGAGGUGAUGCUGAAACAGCUGCACACGGACCUCCAGAAGGAAAAGCAGGACAAGGUGGUGCUGCAAUCAGAGGUGGCCAGCCUGCGGCAGAACAACCAGCGGCUGCAGGAGGAGUCGCAGGCCGCCAGCGAGCAGCUGCGCAAGUUUGCUGAGAUCUUCUGCAGGGAGAAGAAGGAACUCUGAGCGGGGAGGUCACCGCACCCGCCAUCCCUCAGCCCCAGCCCCUCGCUCCUUCCUUGCAGGCAGGCUGUGGGCUGCUGCUCUCCUCUGUCCCUCUGCUCGGCUCUUGGUUGCAGGUGUGACCAAGAUAAUUGAGCCAGUGCCCUGGCACCAACUGCCCCGCAGCCUUCCCCAUGGACUCAGAAGCCCAGGGAUGGGAGUGGGACCUGAGGGAGCCCUCACCAGAGCUGAGCCAGAGUCUGUUCACGGUCCUCAAGCCCCAGAGGGCAACAUGGUCUCAGGCCUCCCUCCAAGCCACCCAUCUGUGGUGUCUGUGAGCUGAGCCAUGCCCACACUGCCCCUGGGGUCCCCUGCUAUCCCCAUCUGGCCAUCAGAAGCUGUAGGAAGGGGGAGAAGGAGUCAGUCUUUAAACCUCACAGCUCCAGGAGUUCACAAACCAGGUUUCUUCACCACAUACAACAACGUGGCUUUCAGGGCCAAUCCCCCUGCGUGAAAAAUACAGUGUGAAACCAGCCCUUUCUUCCCCCACACCCCGGGGAGGUGAGGGCUCCCGGGUCCCCAGCGUGCUAGCUCCGAAAAAUACCAACAUCAUCCCCUCUCAUCCCCCUCCUUCCACAAAGCAGUCAGGAGCACUUUCUUAAGAGUUUAAAUUAUUUUCUUAGGGGCCCCAGGAUAGAUAGAGUAAAUCCCAGCAUCCAGAGUCAACUUCUUUGAGAGAGAAACUCUAUUUCUACAAUCAGGACAGUUUAUACAAUCUUUUUCUAUCAGUUCCUCUCUCAUCAGAGGCCACAGCGCCUGGGCCUGGGGCCCACAGGCCCUUCCACCUUAGAGCUCCUGACCUGGCCGGGCCCCAGGGCCCCAGCGGUGGAGCUGCCACAGCAGCCCCUCCCCGCCCACCUUCCCCAGCACGACCUAGCCCUGACCAGCAGCUCCAGAGCCCUCAGGACAGGGCUGGAGAAAAACAGCCUUCAUCUCCUCAUCUGGUUUUCUUUUCCUUUGCAAGUCUCCCAGCCCAUCUUGCAGGCCCCCAGCGGUGGCGACACCCUCACUGUGCUCCCUGGGGAGCACAUCGCCGUGCAAACCCCAAGAGACACUGGUUCUCUAAAGGCAAUAAGGGGCAGCUCGCCAGGCAGUCAAGCUGGUGUGGUACUAUGCUGUUCACCCAGGAAACAGUUUCUUUUUUUCCUUCUUUAAAAACAAAAUAUAUAUAUAUAUAUAUUUAUUUUUUCAUGUAGAGUUGCGCCAGAACAAGUCUGUAUGGCCACAGUCUGUGGAUUCCCCCAUCCUCAAGCUGAGGAUUGAGACGUGUCCCAUGGGCCGGGGUCGGUCAGGGUGGGCAGGCAGGCAGCUUCCCUUUUUAGGAGGCACCAGGCAGGGAGGAGUUAGCGUUGUGGGCCUGGCUCAGAGCGAUGCACUCAGCGCUCAGAGCCAGAGCCAGGCAACCCAGCCCUCGUCCAGCGAUCCCGCUGCCUCUCUUUGGGGCCAGGCACCCCAGGGAAGGGGGCUCUGGGGACUGUAUAAGGCGCAGGCAGUCAGGGAGGUGCCAGGCUGGGUGGGUGGGGGUGAGAGAAGAGAGUGCUCAUGGUGUCUCCCUGCGAUGGGCCUCUGCCCACCCACCCCCAGCAGCUCCACAGCCCUGAGAAGAAAACCUCAGCCCCGCCACCUCCUCUCCCUGCACUGGGGGUGUGAGGCGGGCACCGCCGAGGCCGAGCCUGCUCAGCAGCCGUCCUCAGCCCUGGCCAGCUACUGUGACGUCUCUCCUUCCCUGAUUCCCUUUUCUGGGGGGUUCUCCUGUCCCCCACCCCACUCCUGCCCUCAGACCCUAACCUGGAACCUUUUUUUUUUUAGUUGUCUCCUCAUAUCUUCAGAUCAUUCGAAUCAUUUCGGGGACCUAAUCAUGUACAUUGACAAGUGUAAAUUAUGACUUUUGGUUUUGUUUUCUGUUAUUUUUAAAGGAUUUCUGCAAAACAAAUUUGUUUAAUUUAAGUAAGGUUGGUAUUCUGUCUGAUGGCUGAAGAUAGCAGCAGAGGUUUUCUUUUUCAUAUGUUGAUUUGUUUCAUUUGGAUUUUUAUUAUUAUUCUUUGUCUUUUUUUUUUUUUUUCCAUCCCUGUCUUGAGAUUUUCUGGCAUGUUUCCGGAGGUUUCAAAGGAAAUAAAUGUUUCAUAGAAA